AUGCUAACCAGAGAUAAUCCCGUCGAUCAUAUGAAGCGAAAACGAGGGGUUUUGCUCUAUACCGAUACCCUUCCCAUUGAGCAAAAUAAGAAGAUCACCCGCUGGUGCUUCAUGAUCAUAUCGCUCCUCAUCAACUUUGGCUUCGACGCCAUCAUCUCUGGCCAAGCUCUCGCCUUCCAGGCCUUCCGUGAAGACUACGGCCGAUACUACGCCCCAGCUGACGACGAUGUCAUCUCUGCCAUGUGGCAGUCCCUUUGGGCAGCCGCCAAUACCAUUGGAGUCGCCAUCGGCAGCUUCUUUGCCGGCUUCACCAACGACUGGCUGGGCAGGGAGUUCAGUUUCUGGAUCAACUUGGUCAUAUCGGUCGCCACCAGCUUCGUCAUGAUCUUUGCGCCCAACGUUCAGGCACUGUUCGGUGACAAGCUUGUGUUUGGCAUCUCUAUCGGAUUUUCCUACACCACUGCUCCCCUCUACAUCGUGGAGAAUGCGCCCACCGAAAUUCGCAGCACCCUCAUGUCUUUCUUCAACGUCUUUGUCGUGUUUGGACAGUUCCCGGGAGUCGUUAUUGCGAACCCUCUCUCCAAGGUCCACGGCUCUUGGUCCUACAAGGGAACGUUCUGCCUGACCUUCCUCAUCCCCGCCAUUCUUCUUCCCCUCAUGCCCUUCCUCCCAGAGUCGCCGAUGUGGUACAUGAUGGAGGAGAGAGAAGAGGAUGCCCGCAAGGCAAUUGUCCACCUCCAUGGAGACUUGUCCGCCGAACGCGUUGAGGAGAUGGUCGAGGAGCUCAAUUAUAACAUCAACGUGGCCAACCAGGGCCCUCAUGAGGUAGAGAAGGUCAGAUGGCUGGAGAUCUUCCAAGGUGGAAACCUCAAGCGCACUGAUCUAUUGACCACCACCUAUACACUCCAUCACUGCGGCGGCAUGCCUUUCGUCAUCAGCUACCAGACCUACUUCUUCCAGCUGUCUGGUGUCUCAUACCCCUUUGCCAUCAGCCUUGGCGCCUUCGUACUCAUGUUGGCAGGCAACAUCGGAGCUCUGAUCUUGCCCAAUUUCAUGGGUCAACGCAAGGUCAUGAUCUACGGAGCAACUCUCCUGAUCACCUGGGGCCUGAUCAUUUGCGCCGUUGGCUUUUCUGGAACUGAUAACAAGCCUGCCGUCACUGCUUCGGUGGCCUUUGUUGCUUCGUGGGCUUUCUUCUACCAACUGACCAUCGGUACUAUUGGCUUCGUGGUUGCACCAGAGCUUUCAAGCCAGCGGCUGAGAGCCAAGACCCAGUCUUUCGGAACCACCGUUGCCAACAUCAUUGGCAGGGCUAUUGCAUUCUCCAUCUCGUAUCUAUUCAACCCCGACGAGGCCAACCUGGGAGCUCGCUUGCUGAUCAUUCUUGUUGGUCUUUCAGUCCCCUUGACGCUGUACCUGUGGUUUUUUCUUCCAGAAACGAAGAACCGAACUCUCAGUGAGCUGGAAGAGCUCUACCAGGAGCACGGCGGUCAUGAGCACCAGGAGAAGAAGGCACCCAAGGCGGAAGAAGCCUGA